GAGAGAGAGAAGAGCUGUUUCUGUAGAGACUGACUUUUAUUUUCUCUAGUAAGGAUCGAGCUCUUGUCAAAAGGGGAAUUUAAAGAAAAGUAAACAGUUUUCUCAGUGCCAGUGACAGUCGGAAGUGGCAGGGGAAUCAUGAUUCACUUUAUUGCACAGUUAAGCACCGAAAACCAAAUCUUUUACUCGGUGCUGCUCUUUUCCUGGACCGUGUAUGUAUGGGAGGCCUACCUGGCCCAGAGACAGCGCAAGACGUACAGAGACACCACACUGGUCCCUGAAGAAUUGGGGAAGAUCAUGGACUCUGAAACUUUUGAGAAAUCUCGUCUGUACCAGCUGGAUAAAAGUACUUUUGGAUUCUGGUCUGGUCUUUAUUCUGAAACUGAGGGAACACUUAUCCUCUUGCUGGGUGGAAUUCCCUUUCUAUGGAAAAUAUCUGGACACAUCAUAGGACGUUUCAGCCUAGGACCCGAGUAUGAGAUAACUCAGUCCUUGGCAUUCCUAUUUCUGGCAACCUUAUUCAGUGCAGUCACAGGUCUCCCCUGGAGUAUCUACAACACCUUUAUCAUUGAGGAGAAACAUGGUUUUAAUCAACAGACUAUGGGAUUCUUUUUUAAGGAUGCCUUGAAGAAAUUCGCAGUAACACAGUGUAUUUUACUCCCUGUGACCUCGCUCCUGUUGUACAUCAUUAAAAUUGGUGGGGAUUAUUUCUUCAUCUAUGCCUGGCUUUUCACAUUAAUUGUUUCUCUGGUGUUGGUGACUAUCUAUGCUGAUUACAUUGCACCACUGUUUGAUAAGUUCACUCCCCUGCCUGAUGGGGAGUUGAGGGAGAAUAUUGAAGAAAUGGCCAAGAGUAUCAGUUUUCCUCUAACCAAGGUUUAUGUAGUAGAGGGAUCAAAGAGGUCAUCGCACAGCAAUGCGUAUUUUUAUGGCUUUUUUAAGAACAAGCGUAUUGUUCUGUUUGAUACGCUCCUUGAAGAUCACUCCCCAUUAAAUAAAGGAACAGGCGAUGAGAACGUUGAAAUGCAGCCGGCUGCAGGAGAUGGCAGUGAAACUGAGGCAACUGAGACCAAACUAAGACCAAAGAAUAAGAGGCAAGGCUGCAGUAACCAAGAGGUUCUAGCAGUACUUGGCCAUGAGCUUGGGCACUGGAAGCUGGGCCAUACUGUGAAAAACAUCAUUAUUAGUCAGGUGAACUCUUUCUUCUGCUUUUUCCUGUUUGCUGUUCUCAUGGACAGAAAGGAGCUUUUCUCUGCCUUUGGUUUCUGUGACACCCAACCGACUCUCAUUGGAUUGAUGAUCAUCUUCCAGUUCAUUUUCUCCCCCUACAAUGAGGUGCUAUCCUUUAGCCUGACUGUACUGAGCAGAAGAUUUGAAUUCCAGGCUGAUGCAUUUGCUAAGGACCUGGGAAAAGCCACGGACCUGUACUCUGCACUGAUAAAACUCAACAAGGAUAACCUAGGUUUCCCAGUUGCCGACUGGCUGUAUUCCAUGUGGCAUUAUUCCCACCCUCCUCUUUUGGAGAGACUCCGUGCCUUAAAGGACAAGAAAGAGGACUGAUAGAACAUAAAAGAAGGGAAAGGAACUUUCAUUCAUCUUGAAGAAAUUGAAUAGUUUCUUUUUUGUUCAAUUAUUUUUAAUUUUUCAUUCCAUGAACAGUGCAGAUUUGUACUGGAUGUUUGUAUUAUGAGAACUGGGUUAGGGUCUGAGUGCAUUUAGCUGACUGCCAGCAGUACAGAUCAAUGUAAUAUUUUAAGUUGUGUUAAGAAUACACUGGGACUUGAAUUAGUUUUUAAUUUAAAGUGUCACAUGCCUAGUAUAAUGUGGUACAAGUAUACAAGUGAGCCAGUAUAAGUCACACCAGCGCAGAUAUCUAGUGUUACAUAUCUUUGAAUCUAAGUUGCAUCAUAUCUGAGUCUUGUCACAAGUGCUCUUGGAAACUGCUUCAUGUACAUCACAUUCAAAGUUAAGGUUCAGCUCAUUUAUUUCAGUGCAUCCUCUAGCAAAUAUUUGCUACUGCUUUCGAUAUCUUCCGUUCCAGAAAACUGUGAGAUAACAUCUUAUUUAAUCACUUUAAACAAAAGUCCUUUUUUUAAAAAAAAGGUCUCAAGUUUUCUAAACGAUACUUAUGAAAGCUGCAUUUGAACCACUACCCUGAGGUACAGUUUUGAGAGGCCUUUGGGGUCUGGGACAGAAGGGAGUAGUAGAAGAAAAAAUGUAAAUGCCACUGGUCAUCAAAUGAGCUCUGUUUAGAAAUGAAAAGAGGAAUGAAAGUAAAGUUGCUUUCCUUCUCUUCCCUGCUGCAUUUUGAGUGUGUUGUGGGAGGUAUUGAUUUUUGGCAAGCUGCCUGUCAAUUCUCAGGCUCCCUGAUAGCUCGGUUGGUAAAACAUCCUUGACUAUACAGAAAAGGGGUUAGCUAGCAGUGCCACAAUUAGCCUUUUACUCCAGAAUUAGGAAGGGGCAUAAUUAGACAUUGAUUCUCCUGCACUCCCCUCCUGGAAGGGUAUGAGAGUGGAUGUUGGAGAGACGAUCAACUACUCUGCUGACACUUGCUGUCUAGUUUCAAUGAGGGAUGAUCACGAGAAAGGUACUGAACAUUACCUAUGGAACUCUACCCCACUAUGAGCCAAUGCUUUUAGGAAAGAAAUGGGGAAGUGAAAGGGAUGGGGAGAAAAUCCAAUCACUGAAAAUUAAUUACAACUGUCAAACCAUGCUGGAUUAAAUAGGUAGCUGCAGGUUUUAGCUGUAGUUUUAAUUUUCAGUUUUCAGACCAAAAUCAUUUCUUGUGGAUAGAGUUCCUUUAAAUUGCUUAUGCCUAUUUCAACAAACAUAGGAUAUGAGGAAAUAUGCACGGUUAUAACCUCAUUUGUAGAUUAACAGUGAUCCUGUUUUUGAUGUUUUCUAAUUCGCAUGGGGCAAAAUUAGCUCAACCUGGUUACAGUUUUAGCAUCUCCUCCCCCAUCCCGGGUUGUGAAUACCCCUAAUUUUAUGUCAGUUUUUAAUUUUAUUGCAUCUGGGAGACUUGAAUUCUAGCGCACUUUGACUGUGGAAGUUUAUAUUAUGCAUUUUUUUUUUCCUCAUUUGGAAGUGACUGUACAGGAAGCAAAUUGACUGAAAUGAUCCUGGUCUGUAUCUUAACUGGCAUGUGGAAAUGCAUUUUUAUUUGGUACCUGUGAAGUAAUUUGCCCAUUACUUUAUCUUUCUGUAUUGCCCAGAGCAUCUCAAUCCAUGUCGGUUAUGUUGAUAUACGCAACAGAAGAGGCCAAGUGCGGUUGCUGCUAAUUGUAUUCAGUUGUUAAAUGACCAGUUCCAAAUACUAAAAUAAAUGUUCACAGUGUGUA